UAUCGCCAUUUCGCCUACUGAUUACUGGCUUUUGAGCAACUGCACGACAUUUGAGUGCUUCGUCAGUCUCUCAUCAUUCUAUCAUGAUGUAUUCCAAUGCAGCUGCCAGUUUUCUGCUCGUGGCCGCAACGUAUACGGAGCUUCUCUCGUCUCACCUAGCGUCAGCGCGUUGUGCGAGCGCUGCAGACUUGGGAAAAACCGAAUGCCACCUGAUGUACGAAUUCUCCACCUUCCAGUGGGCGACGUGCGUGACGGAAGACUACAUGCACCGCAUCUCUUCUUCGCGUAGCAAGUCUCGCGAAUGUCCGGACACGGCGGCAUCGCAAUGCUUCUUCCCUUGCAUGAGCGAAACGCUCGACAUCGACAAUGGAACCGUUACGGAGCCCUGCUUUUGUGCAGGAACGGCGGCACCGCCUUCCGACGACCCGCCCCUCCCACCAUCAUGCUUUAGUCCUGCAGGAGACAGCUGCGAAUGGUACAGAGACUGCUUGGAAGCAAGGUACAAUUGCUCUACUACACGGUACGACUACGCAAUCGGUUACGGAAAGAGGUUCUGCGAUCUCUACGGAAAGCACUACAACGAAUUGGGUCCCGUCGCACGUGAGUGGGUGGACGCAACACGCAAGUGCCUACAGGUCGACCUCGUCCCUUACCUACGACCGUGGGUCAAUAUCAGCUGUUUGGAAAUAUACAACAACGCGUUUCGCACUCACACGGGCUGCUAUCUGUCUCCUCAAGCCGGAGCUCCGUCUAUAUGUCACUUGCCAUGCAAUGAUCUGUGGAAAAUAUUCUGGUUGGUGUCUUUUCAGGGGGGCGCGUUGCUAUCUGAACCAAUCGAGACGGCGAGGCAGAUGAUUCAAGUGGCUGCCGGAUGUCUGGACAAGGAAAGGAGAGAAAUCACUUGUUUACCAGAAACAGUACAAAGGCUUGUAUACAUUGGAGUGACAGGUGAACGACUCAUGUCGAUUCUCGACACAGCAGAGCGGAUUCGGGACUUUUCUGGAGCUCUUGUGCACGCCCUGGCAAUGAAAUUUGGUUGGAACGAGCGCGGGUUAGGAUGGAUGCCGUUUACUCAUCACAAUUCUGAAAGACCUUCAAUUAGUAAAACCGACCGAUAUAGGCGAGCAGAUCUUGAGUCAAAUGAUGACACCCAAUCAGAGUCGUUGAAUGUUCAAAUUCUAAUGGUCGACCGUUUUUAUCUAAACAGCACACAACUGGAACCGUCGUCUAGAUACAGAAGAGUCGGAACAGCACUGUUCGAACUGGCCAGCAGCCUAAACCGGGACCUAAUAGGAAACUUGACGAUCCCUGUAGUUGAUCAAACCGUGACGGUGAGAGUGUCCGAACUUGGCCACUGUUUCAAAGUAGGGUGUAACUCGACCGAAUCCUACGUUAUAACUACAGGAACAUCAUCUGCCUCAACAAGACAAUCGAGCAUGUUUGUCCUUCUGAUUGGAUUCAUAUUGUUUAGUUAAAAUUUCAAUUUUGUAAUCUUGCUCUGUAAAAGUGAGAUAUCUGAUCAUUGGGACCAACGUAUUAGUUGGUAUUUAGUGUUACUAGUGCAUUUUUAAAUUUUCAGACCAGACCUCUCGUGGCGUGUUUCUUAACAUACGGGGCACUUUGCUCUGGACGUGUUUAUUGGCUAGUGCCUAGACUAGCGAACUAUAUUGCUGCAAACUUACUUGUUUAAUUAAC